UCACCCUUUACCCGACCUCUGGGCUGCUGCUCCACUGGCCCCUUCAUUGCCCCAUUGGUGGGCCUGGCUGAGCUGGACGGUGUCCAGAGUUUGCCACAGGCCCUGCUGGCUGCACAGGCAGGGGCCCCUGGGCCUGCCUGGGAAGCUGCCACGGGGCCCAGAGUGGAGGGCACCACCCCUGGGGUCCUCUCCUCCGGCUGCCACAGCGGUGUGAGGAUAGCCCAGCACUUCUUACUGCCCCUCCUAGACAGCAGGCACAGGAGCAGAGAGGUCCCUCCGACGUUUUUUAGGGGGCAGUGUGUCUUUAUUGGCCACGGACUACUCCAGCAUCUUUCUAGGCCGGGUGGCAGAAGCGAUGCCCAGGCCCUUGCCCUCCCCUCCUCCCAGCUGAUAAAGCAGGUGGAGGUCCGACCAACUCCACCCCCAUCUCCUUGUCUGGCCCUGUUUUGAGCUCUGGGGCUGCAGGUGCAGCCCUCGGAGAGCUCCCAGCCUGGUGCAGGAGACCAUGUGUGGUCCAGAGUGGGAACUGUGGGCAGUGAGGUCAGAGAAGCCUUCAAGAGUGACGGGUGCGAGAGCUGAGUCUUGAGGUUCAAACAGGACUUUUCACAGGUGAUAUUUGAGAGACGGAGAAACUGCAGCUUGGAGCCGAAUAGGGGUCUGUCCAAGGUUUUCUGGCCUGGGUGUUCCUUCCCUCCAGGCCACCCGGGGCUGGCCCUUGUUCCUUCCUAGCUAAUGCGGGUCCAAGCUUCAGAUCAGACUGAGAGAAGCAGCACAGAUCUCGUUUCCUUAACCUCACAACAGGUCGGCAGUGCCUGACUCCUGGGACCCAGGGACUGAGGAGGGUGCCCCGCCCCUGCUCAGCCCUUCAGAGCAGCUCCAGGUGCAGGGAAGGGCCUGGGGGCCUCUACUUGCUGCUUACUGAGAAAGGAAAUUUCCCCCCAGACUCAAACGCCAACCCUAAGAUUACACAGGCUCCAGGUCCCUGAGCACCGUGAUUUGGGGUCUGCAAGAUCACAGAUGCCUUUGCCUGGGCAGCCUGUGACCCCCACAUAGGAAGGCCUGCUCAGCACCAGGCUAUUCCCACUAAAAGGAGCUCAGCUAUGGGCCAGGAGCUCACAAACUUAUCAACUCCAUUCUAAAAGCUCAGACUGGAAAACCCCCAGGAAGCAUGGCAGAAGGCACUCCUAGCAGCACUGUUUGAUGGCAGGAACCUAGAAGUUACCCACAGGCCAUCAGGAAAAUGGAUCAGGAGCCAAGCCGCACAAUGCAACGUUACACAGCAGUGACAGUGCAUCCACUGCGGCUCGGCACGCACCGUGCACGCCGUGGAUGGAUCAGUAGUGACGUCGAGUGAAGAAAAUCUGUCUAACGCCCUUAGUUCAAAAGCCAGUAAAUGGAACGUGUGGGCGUGUGUAUGCGUGUGACAAACCCAGCUUUCACGACAGGAGUUAGUCUGGGGAGGGCAGGGGACAGGACGGGGUGGAAGCACAGUUAGGCCACCGUUGUGCACCAAGAUUCUAAGUGAUCUAAAUCCGUUUGCCUAAGGAGCCAUAUUUUUUAAAGGAAAAUUAAACACAGGAGAGCAUUUCUUGACACAAAAAGCACAAGCCAUAAGAAAACUUGCCUAUUUCAAAAUAAAAAGUGAAAAACAAUGACCAAAAAUACUGUAAAAGUUACCGACAAGGUGAGAGAGUAGAAAGACAUUGCGACAUAUAUAACAAGGAUUCAUGUUGAGAAUAUACAUCCAGUUGAAAACUGGGCAAAGGGUAUAAACAGGCAGUUCACAGAAGAGGAGACCUGAAGAGCAAAAAGAAAUUAUGUUCGGGCUUCCCUGGUGGCACAAUGGUUAAGAAUCUACCUGCCAAUGCAAGGGACACGGGUUCGAGCCCUGGCCCGGGAAGAUCCCACAUGCCGCGGAGCAACUAAGCCCGUGUGCCACAACUACUGAGCCUGCGCUCUAGAGCCUGCGAGUCACGACUACUGAGCCCACGUGCCACAACUACUGAAGCCCGCGCGCCUAGAGCCCGUGGUCCAUGACAAGAGAAGCCACCACAAUGAGAAGCCCGCGCACCGCAAUAAAGAGUAGCUGCCGCUCGCCGCAACUAGAGGUAGCCCGUGCACAGCAACGAAGACCCAACACAGCCAAAAAUUAAUUAAUUAAUUAAAAAAAAAAAAGGAAUUAUGUUCAACUUUACUGGAAAAUAAGGAAAUGUGAAAUACAACCACAGAUAAUACCAUUUCAGACCAGACUGGCAAAUACGAUUAAAAGAGGUGACACCAGGAAAGAGGUGAAUCUGGCACGUCUUACACGUUGCUGGAGGGAUGUCAAACUACUAAAAGCCACUAUAGACAGCAAUUUGGCAGGUACUGAGAAAGCUGAAAAUGCACGUAGCCCGUGACCCCAAAUUCCAUUUCUAAGGAUCUACUUGAGAGAAACUUGUAUGUGUACACAAGGAGACAUGUACAACAGCAGCCUGAUGAGGGAUACCAGGAAAUUAAGAAAUAACCAAAUGUCCGUAAGUAGAAUAGUUAGAUGAUGGCACGUGCAUGCAGUGAGAUCUCAUGUAGCAGUUACAAUGAGUAAACCGGAUGCAGAAGCUACCUGUAUCCACUGAGUAAAUCUUCAAAAAACACUGCUGAGUGAAAGAAACAAGUUUGCAAAAUAAUAUGCACUGUUUGAUGCAUUUAAAAAAAUUAAUGCCCUAUAUCGUAAAAUUAUACUACUUCAUGAAAGUGGUUGCCUCUGGGUAGAAAGGGAGGAGAGAGAAUGAGACUACACCUCCUUAUUACCUGCGUCUGGGGCAGAUUGCGCUCCUGCCUCUGUCCCAUGCCGCUGUUGUGGAAUAUUUAUAGAAGGGAAUGCUGGAAUUACUAUAUAAAAAUGAACGAAUUUUUACAAUAUGCACCAUAGGUGAAUCUCACUAAAAUAAUACUGAUUAAAAAAAGCCAGACAGGGCUUCCCUGGUGGCACAGUGGUUAAGAAUCCGCCUGCCAAUGCAGGGGACACGGGUUCAAGCCCUGGUCCGGGAAGAUCCCAUGUGCCGCGGAGCAACUAAGCCAGUGCGCCACAACUACUGAGCCUGCGCUCUAGCACCCGCAUGCCACAACUACUGAAGUCCGCGCACCUAGAGCCCAUGCUCCGCGACAAGAGAAGCCACCACAAUGAGAAGCCUGUGCACCGCAACGAAGAGUAGCCCCCGCUCGCUGCAACUAGAGAAAGCCCGCGCACAGCAACAAAGACCCAACAAAGCCAAAAAAAAAAAAAAAAAGCCAGACAUAAAAGGAUAAACACUGGGGACUUCCCUGGUGGUCCAGUGGUUAAGAAUCCACCUUCCAAUGCAGGGGACGCAGGGUUCGAUCCCUGGUCAGGGAACUAAGAUCCCACAUGCCUCGGGGCAACUAAGCCCGCAUGCCGCAACUACUGAGCACUCGCGGGCCGCAACUAGACAGAAGACCACGUGCUGCAACGAAGAUCCCGUGUGCCGCAACAAAGACCCAACACAGCCAAAUAAAUAAACAAAUAUGGGGGGUAAAAAAAAGGAUGCACACUGUGCAAUACUGUUGAUAGAAUUUGCUGAGCGAAAUAAAGCACAUGCAGAAGUCUGUGUGUGAGGACUUCCCUGGUGGUCCAGUGGUUAAGACUCCGCGUUCCCAAUACAGGGGGCCUAGGUUUGAUCCCUGGUCAGGGAACUAGAUCCCACAUGCCGAAACUAGGACCCGGCGCAGCCAAAUAAAUGUUAAUAAAAAGUCUGUGUGUGGUGUGACACUAUUUCUUGUUUGUUUGUUGUUUUUAAAGCCAAAAAACAGUAAUGAAAGCUGCAUUUCCACCAGAAACACAGAUCUAAAGUAUCAUAGGAUCUGAAAAAUCAUAGCAUACAUAAAGGUUUUAAAUGUUUGCUAUGGUCUAGAUGAACUAUUUCAUUUUUUUAAAAAAUGCACAUGUCCCCAGGAAGAUAAGUAUUUAGGUAUUCUUUGCAACACUGUAAUAACAAAAUUGGACGCAACCUAAACGUCCAAGAUUAAUGAAUAAGUUGAUACACUUAUACAGUGGAAUACUAUACAAGUCAAAAUGAAUGAAUAUAACUAAGAAGAAUCAAUUUAGAUAGUUCCCUGAUGUUGAGUGAAAAAAAAACAGAUUUACAGAAUAAUUUAUGUACAGUGCUAAACGAUGUAUGUAAAUGUAUUAUAAGCACAAACAGGGCAGAGUUAACUGUUCUUGAGCACCUACUAUGUGCCAGGUGCCUACCUUAACCCCCAGAGCAACCCUAUGAGCUAGUUACUGAUACUCUGUCUUUUCACAGAGUAGGAAACUGAGGCUCGGUGAGGUGCAGCCCUGCCCAGGGACACAGCCGGAGGAAGCCUAGGUCUGGGACCCACUGGCCAGCCCCUUGAGGCCCCUCCCUGCUCGGCCGGUCCAGGGACUCGGGUCUCAGGCCUGGGCCAGGAUUCUGAGCAAGAAGCCCUGCAACUUCAGCCGCUGCUCCUGCCAUGCCCGCCCCUCACUCACCUCACAAUGCCUCCCAUUCAGCCCUGUCCCCGCUGCCAGGUCUGCGGGCUGGGAGGGGGGCUCCCGCUGGCGUCCAGGCAGGGACCGUUGCCAGCCUUCCCCUGUGCUGCAUUUCCAGGCUGGACUGGCCGUGCGAUCGGCAUGGCGGGGCCCCAGAGUGUCUCCAUGGUGCUGCUGCUUCCUCUGCUGCUGCCACUGGGGCCAACCUGGCAUGCAGCUGCCCAGCGCUGCCCACAGACCUGCGUCUGCGACAAUUCCAGGCGGCAUGUGGCCUGCCGGCACCAGAACCUCACCGAGGUGCCGAAUGCCAUCCCUGAGCUGACCCAGCGGCUGGACCUCCAGGGCAACAUGCUGAAGCUGAUCCCCCCAGCUGCCUUCCGGGACCUGCCUUACCUGACACACCUGGACCUGCGGCACUGCCAGGUGGAGCUGGUGGCCGAGGGUGCCUUCCGAGGCCUGGGCCGCCUGCUCCUCCUCAACCUGGCCUCCAACCGCCUGAACGCGCUGCCCCAGGAGGCGCUGGACGGGCUAGGCUCGCUGCGGCGGCUGGAGCUGGAGGGGAACCUGCUGGAGGAGCUGCGGCCGGGGACGUUUGGGGCGCUGGGCGCGCUGGCCACGCUGAAUCUGGCCCACAACGCCCUCGUCUACCUGCCCGCCAUGGCCUUCCAGGGGCUGGUGCGCGCCCGCUGGCUGCAGCUGUCCCACAACGCGCUCAGCGUGCUGGCCCCCGAGGCCCUGGCCGGCCUGCCCGCCCUGCGCCGCCUCAGCCUGCACCACAAUGAGCUGCAGUCCCUGCCCGGGGCGACCUUGUCCCAGGCCCGCGGCCUGGCCCGCCUCGAGCUGGGCCACAACCCCUUCACCUACACGGGCGAGGAGGACGGGCUGGUGCUGCCCGGCCUGCGGGAGUUGAGGCUGGACCACGGGGCCCUGCAGGCCCUGGACCCCAGGGCCUUUGCCCACUGCCCCCGCCUGCACACCCUGGACCUCCGUGGGAACCAGCUGGAUGCCCUGCAGCCGCUGCAGGGCCCGGGUCAGCUGCGCCGGCUGCGGCUGCAGGGGAACCCACUGCGGUGCGACUGCCGGGCUCGGCCCCUGCUCCAGUGGUUGGCGCGUGCGCGCGUGCGCUCGGACGGCGCGUGCGGGGAGCCGCGGCGCCUGCGCGGUGAGGCCCUGGACGCCCUGCGGCCCUCGGACCUGCGCUGCCCCGGAGUCGGGGCGGAGGAGGAAGAGGAGGAGGUGGCGGCCGCGCGGCCCCGUGUCCCUGACGGCACCUCCAAGGAGAAGGCUGGGGCGGCCAGGCCCUGCCCUCGCGCCUGCGUGUGCGCCCCUGAGUCCCGGCACAGCAGCUGUGAGGACCGCGGCCUGCAGGUCGUGCCCCGCGGCUUCCCCAACGACACCCAGCUCCUGGACCUGAGGCAGAACCACUUCCCCUUGGUGCCCCGAGAGGCCUUCCCGGGCCUGGGCCAGCUGGUGUCGCUGCACCUGCAGCACUGCGGCAUCACAGAGCUGGAAGCAGGCGCCCUGGCGGGGCUGGGCAGCCUGCUCUACCUCUACCUCUCGGACAACUCGCUCUCCAGCCUCAGCGCUGCCUCCCUCGAAGGGGCGCCCUGCCUGGGCUACCUGUACCUGGAGCGCAACCGCUUCCUGCAGGUGCCAGUGGCCGCCCUGCGCGCCCUGCCCAGCCUCUUCUCCCUGCACUUGCAGGAAAACGCUCUGGACCGCCUGGCACUGGGGGACCUGGCAGGCAUGCGGGCCUUGCGCUGGCUCUACCUGAGUGGGAACCGCAUCACCCAAGUGUCCCCCGGGGCACUGGGCCCCGCUCAGGAGCUGGAGAAGCUGCACCUGGACAGGAACCAGCUGCGAGAGGUGCCCACUGCGGCCCUGGAGGGGCUGCCUGCCCUCCUGGAGCUGCAGCUCUCGGGGAACCCGCUCAGGGCCCUGCAAGAUGGGGCCUUCUGGCCCGUGGGCCGCUCGCUGCAACACCUUUUCCUGAACAGCAGUGGCCUGGAGCAGAUUUCUCCGGGGGCCUUCUUGGGCCUGGGGCCUCGGCUCCAGAGCCUACAUCUGCAAAAGAAUCAGCUGCAGGCCCUGCCCGCCCUGCCUGGUCUCAGCCAGCUUGAGCUCAUCGACCUCAGUGGCAAUCCCUUCCACUGUGACUGCCAGCUGCUCCCACUUCACAGGUGGCUCACUGGGCUGAACCUGCACGUGGGGGCCACCUGUGCCGCCCCUCCCAGUGCCCGUGGCCAGAGUGUGAAGGCUGCAGCUGCUGUCUUUGAAGCCUGCCCGGGCUGGGCUGCCGGGAAGGCCAAGCGGACGCCGGCCCCCAGGCCUAGUGCCCAGAGGACCCCCAUGAAGGGAAGACGGCAGGGAGCGAACAAGGUUGGUUGGGGGCAGGUGCAGGGAGGCCUCGCUGGGUGGGUCAGGUUUUAAAGCCCCUGGGGUAGCAGGGAUCUGACUUGUCUUGGUCCCAAUUUCGUGAGGUUCUAGAUCUGGGUAAUGACCCUGUUGCUUCCGUUAAAAAAUGUCUAUCCCCCUCUCCGUACCUCCUCCACCUCUGGGCUAAGCCCAGAGUGGGUUUGUAAGGAAAUGACUGUUUCAUCCCACGGGACAAUGGCCUUUCCGAUUAAGCUGCAGCAUCCCAGGACCCUGGGUAUCCAUGAGAACCCCACAGUGACUGUUACUGCUGGAUUGCCAUUGAUUCAGCCUGUCCCCACCUGAUCUCGGGGGCCUCGCUCAUCCCUGGGGCGGGAAGAGCAGGAGUGCAGGUGUGUGGUUGGUGCCACGGGUCGGACUCCAUCACCCCCUUGACAUUACAUUUGCUGUCCGGACAAACCCAUUCACACUGGAACGCUCAGUUGUAGCAAAAUCUCGCAGCUCAUCAGAGAAGAGUGCGCAGGACAUGGGCACCCCUCCACGUGGCGACCCGUGCUGGGUGGUGAGGGGAUGUAGGGGAGGCAGACCUUAGAGGAAAGC